UGAGCGGGUAUGCGGAGUUUACCUGUUCCUUAAUGAGAGAGCCAUGUAGUUAACUUGGAGACGAUAGCAAGCUACGCUGAGGCACAGGUGGAAUGUCUACUUCUUGGUUAACUAGUUGAUUUCUGCCGCCGAAUUUCGGGUGCCCAAUCAUUUUAGAACUUACGGUGAUGAGUAUCGGCAACUUGAUGAUACAGAGCAGUUAAAGGGGACAAGAUCAAAUGAUGAACUUUUGGUUAUGUGUUUUUGAAUAUACACGGAACCUCAACCUCAGCGGCAAGGUUACAUUUUCGUCAUUCGAUGAUGAGACACUUGUGCUAAUACUGCGUAUAUAUUCGGAGUAAAACGUCUUCGCGAUUGUGUCAUCUACACACUCACUCAAUAUCCAGAGCUUCCUUACGCUUGCUAUAUAUAACAUCAUAAUCCCUCCAAUAUAAAUUCCAUUUUGUUCCUCGGACGGUCGAAAAUGCCACACGCAGAUUCGUCAUAUUUCGCUCCCGGCUUGUCAAAGGCGGAGGUGUACAGUCAAGUCCUUGAACAAGCGAAAGGGUUGUUGGAUGGUCAGCGAAAUUGGGUAUGUAUUCCGUACCUGCAGCCUAUGCCUCUCUAUCGAUGCCCAAUGGUCACAAUAGCCUCAAUAGCCUCAAUAGCCUCAAUACCCUCGAUGAUGGCAAUUUUCAAUAGAUCAUAUGCUAACAAGAACGCUUAUACGGGAAUAAUUAAGGUGAGCAAUCUUGCCAAUGUUGCCUCCUUGUUAUGGCAUGCAUAUGCCGCCCUGCCCACGCCUUCAUCCAACGUGAACUGGGCUGGUUUCUACGUUCGACAAGAUAAAUUUCCAUCUUUGGCUUCUCCCGACUCAGAUACCAAGGGGACACCAAGUACGAAAACCCUCCUACUAGGCCCUUUUCAAGGCAAGCCUGCUUGCCAGUUAAUUCAAUUUGGGCGGGGAGUGUGCGGGGCAGCAGCUGAAAGACGUGAAACCGUCCUGGUGACAGAUGUGCUCAACUGGGAGGGUCAUAUCGCCUGUGACGCUGAGAGUAGAAGUGAAAUUGUUGUCCCGAUUUUGGUGAAUGGAGAGACCGUUGCUAUAAUUGAUGUUGACUGCACUCAGCCAUCUGGAUUCGAUGAUGUCGACAGACAAUGGCUCGAGGCUCUUGCAGCGAUACUGUCAGAUAGCUGCGAUUGGUAACUAACAUCCGGUUCAAUGUAGUAUACCCCGUUCCUUUAUGAUUUGUCAACAUGUUGGUUCGUUUAUGUGAUUGUACCAUAGAUCUACGAUUUUCUACGUUCUGAUAUGGUAUUAUGCAUACAUGCGGACGGUCUACAAAUGGCGAACAUAUAAUGUACAGUACACUGAAUAACUGAAUCUAGAGUUUAUGCAUUUUGCAAAGUGAUGAGCCACGAUAUCUCGAUUGUCCCAGAUUGCUCUAAUGCCUCCGGCGGUUACCUUUUUUUAAAACUUAUUUUUCUUCUUUUCCCUCAAACUGGCAUAAUGAUCUGCUGGGAGAGUUAACACAAAUUGCGCACGAAGCUCUCCAAUGUUGGAGUCGGACAAGCGUGUUUCCAUUCGCUUUCGGAGCGGAAGUCACACGGUUUUCGGUCCGAUCUGCCGUCUUGAACAAUGAUUCGGUCCGUUGUUGACCUCUUGAGCCAUUGAUUGGCUGUCACGCGGUGGGUUGAGGAGGAUAAGGCAGCUGAAAGCGGCAGCGCGCGAUGACUGUGAUGAUACCAUACCUCCAAUUACUGCAUGUCGCUAAGGACUAGUAUUUUAGACAACCACAGCGCUCCAUUUUUCUGAAGCGGGUACCUGAUCUGACGAAAGGGAUGAAAAGUUCGGGACAGCGAGCAUGGAGUGGAGACGCUUGGGGGGACGAGCUAUGGUUGAUAUGGGCGCUCCAUAAAAAAUUGCGCCAUGGCAAGGUUUGACAUGCGAUGGGAGGGAGGAUUCUGAAUGGGUGGAGAAUGGCAUUUACUUGAAUACAACAAGGGUCUCUGUUCCUUUGUCCAGUAUGCUUUCAAAACGAAAGAAAUAACAGCUGGUAUAACUUAAAUGGCAACUAUCAGGCCCUCCCAGGAGGUUGAGGAAAGGAAGGGAAGCAUAUCCUGUCGUCAUUGAAGAAACGGCGCUGUCGAAGCCAGUAUCCAUAUUUACGAGCAGAUUUCGCAGCCCACUGUUUAAUGUCAUUAUCGUGGGAUUGAUUUCCUUCACGCAACGGGUAUCUGGAAUGCGUUGAAUUGUAAGUUUUCGACUUCAACACCCCUGAAGUAAAAUCCAUAUUGGACUCGAUCGACGGACACAUUUUGUUUCCGUUCCUAGACACUGGUGCUGGCGGCCAGCAAGAGCUGUGUCUCGUCAAUGGAGCUAAUUCUUUGACAUCCGGGUUGAUGGCCUUUUGGCUGCACAAUAUUCGGUGUCCUCGGGAACAGAUACGGGUUAUGUAAAGUCCUAAUUUUUGGCACCCUGGCUACGCGCCGUACUUAGCAGCGCUAUACGUCAAUAAUAGAUAUGGAACUGAAAUGGUUCGCCCUUCUCUAGGCGUCACAUGUGGUCAUGCUGCGUCCGCCCUUUGGGCCACAGAGGGAGCUAUGGCCAUUGCAUAUCCCACAGUGAAAGAUCGUGGUAAAAUGACUGAUAUCUGGCUCGGACUUCGUGAACUAGGCCAACUUAUUGACGCGUCCAGAUCCCUUUCUCUAAACGUUAAGGGGGAUGAGAAAGGGAAAUUUGGAUACGUGACUUACUUGGUCCUCAUUUCAAUCCAGUAGUGCCUGGGCCUGCCACUCUCAUCCCUCAUAUCGUCUCCGGGCAAGGUCAUUCGGCCUAACGGGACAAAAGUUAUGCAACCAUGGGCCGAUAAGACCCUCAAGGGAGAGUUCAAAGGAGCCUGGAAAGUCUUGAAGACCAAGCACAUAUACAUGCUGAUCCCGAUGCUGGUUUGUUUCGGCUGGACUGUCUCAUAUCUUAGGCAUUUAUCAGACGGCAUAUUUCUCUGUCCGCUCAUGAACGUCAGCAUUACUAUGCUCCGGCAUAGCGUCGACAUUUGCAAAUAUUUCCUAGGGCUGGUUCUUCGAUUUGAAGUGCUUUAGCCAACCUGGUGCUGGCAAAGUGUACUUGGUUCUUCGUUGCAACUUUCAUGUUUGGGCUGUUCGGGUGGCAGGUUGCGAAAGAGAGGUUGUACUCUAGCUCUGAGUCGAAGGUAACGCUUGACUGGGCUGAGCCUGGCUUUGGACGGGGGUUUGCUGUGAACGUCCUUUUCUGGUAAGAUGAAGUUUUCCCACCACGCUCCGCAGUGUUGUUAUCAGCCAUCUCGUACGGUAGUUAUCGGAGCUGCCAAGACCACGCCGAUGGUGAACCUUAUUGUUUCCUUCGUGAUGUUUGGCCUCACAGUGAUCCCAACCUCGCUGGUUGUCUUCAUGGUGCCGAAGCACCCAUCGGACGAGCCUCUGAUAGCUGUUGACGUUGACGAUGGUGUGAAGACUGAUGAUACUGAAUCAAUUGCAGGGGAUCGGUGUCUUCCAAAGAAGGAUGAGCAUAAAUGCAGUGUCAUGUUGAUGAUAUAUAGGAUGUACUUAUAUAGAGGAAUUGGAUGGCGAUUUAGAAGGGUGUUAGCAUAUUGACAACGCGCGUCAACUAAUAAUAAUAUGAUGAUACCCGGUAUGGAGAUCGAUAAGUCAAGUGUGACAUUGGAAAUCAUGCAUGUCCUGCUGUUAAUUGUUUUCUCGCUCUGAACAGAUUCAGUGGCUUGUUCAAAUUUCC